UUCUCGGCUCGCGGGUAGGGGGCCUCGGUAGCCCUGACAUUGUGCGCGCGCGCCUGGAACGGGAGCGAGACGACGACGGCGCAUCGACCGAUCGACGUCGCGACGCCCGUCACAGCGAGACGCUACAGCCAGACGCUGCUUGUGUGCCGUAUUUAAGGUUCGCUGUAGUUACCGGAACGUCGAGCUGUCCGUUCAAGAGAUUAGUCGGAUGUCACUGGCAGAAUGGCAUUGACAUGCUGGGAGAAGAUUGCGGUAGUGGUGAUAGCAGCAGUCGGUUUGCGUAUCGCAGUCCGACUGAGCAUCGUCGUCUGGAAGAAGCUCAUAGCGCCGAACCUUGGACUUGGCAUCGAUAUCGCCUCCCAGGGUAAAUGGGCGGUCGUGACCGGCGCUACCGACGGCCUCGGCAAAGCCUUCGCUCACGCCCUGGCCAACAAGGGACUUGACAUCGUCCUUGUCUCUAGGACACUAGAGAAGCUCGAGAACGUCGCCGGGGAGAUCAAGCAAAUGUACGGCGUGGAGACGCGGAUUGUCGAGGCUGACUUGACCGAGGGUCAAGCCAUUUACAACAAGAUCGGAAAGGCGAUCGAGGAGCUGGAGGUCGGGGUCCUAGUGAACAAUGCCGGAACGAGCUACGACCACCCGGAAUUGUUCACGUGCGUGAGCGAGGAGACGAUAACGAGGAUAAUCCAGUUGAACGUGGCCGGGGUGACGGGGGUGGCGCGCCAAGUACUUCCGGGGAUGAUGGAGCGGCGCAAAGGUGUGAUCGUUAAUAUCGGCUCGGCCUUCGGAGCUUUACCCGGACCCUACCUGGCCGUCUACGCUGCGAGUAAGAUGUACGUGGACAAGCUGAGCCAGGAUUUGGCGGUCGAGGCCGCACCGAGAGGAGUCACAGUGCAGUGUGUCCAGCCUGGGCCCGUCGCUACCAAAAUGUCCAAGAUCAAGCGAGCGACAUGGAUGGCACCGACGCCCGAGCGCUUCGUCGAGGCGUCGCUGAAGACGAUCGGCAUCGAGCAGAACACCACGGGAUACCCGCCCCAUUGUCUCAUUCUCGGUUUCGUCAACGGACUGCGAGCCAUUUGCGAAAAGGGCGCCGUCUGGCUGGUCGCCAGGACAAUGCUUAACAUACGUAAUCGCGCCCUUAGCAAGAAGACGAAGAAGGACGUGUCCGAGGAGACGGACAUCCGAGCUUCCGAACAUUGACUGUUUCUGGCUGACUUUGAUAAUAUACGCGGGACGAUAUGACCGUGGAACUUUCGACCAACACUAAAAAUAUUCGUCCUUUCCUCAGAAAUAUCUUGGCUCCUUUUCUUACUUUUUAUAUUUUUCUUU